AUGUCCGUCAAGCAGAAAAGGGACGAGUCACUGAGGGACUUCGUUCGACGUUUCAAUAAUGAAGCCAACACCAUACCUCGGUUACAGCAGGAAAUAGUCGUCAUGGCCUUGAUGAAUGGUUUGGCUGACAGCGAUUUCAAGAAGUAUAUGGCACGGAAAUCUUUUCCCAAUCUCGGCGCAGCCUUUAACAAAGCGCAUGACUACAUAAAGAGCGAAGAACUUCUAAGAGCAGGAAGUCAAAUAGCGUUAGCGGAGCCCUCUCGGAGGCACAAUGCUCAGUCAUUGCCGGAGAGCUACAGGGGGGUCAACAGGAAAAAUCAGCAAAAAACAAAUAGACCGACUAGAGGUCUAGGACGGUACAAUAAUGAUACUCCCAGAGCAGCAAUUUAUUCUAUAAACCAACACAAGGAGGAUUGGAGUCGGCCAGCACCAAUGAUAACAAAAGGCCGAGAUGUGAAGAAAAAAGGACAUCUAUCCCAAUACCGGUUGCAAACAAGUACAAGCCGACAGGGAUAUCAACCGGUAAGACAGCCCGAAUACCGCAAAUCGGAAAACCCAUCUGCGCAAGAUGACGUCUACCCGCAAGACAACAAUAGGGUUUAUCGGCAGGGCUCUGCGCCCCCUGGACGAAAAAUCACCAUUGGGGUGAUUACUGGAGGACCGGUGCACGGAGGAUCGGUAAAUGGUGCAAAGAAGAGUCUGUCGGAGUAUAAGCACAUAGUAAAUGCUUUAGGAAUAGAUGAACGACCUCAGCCAAAUAAUAUUCCUUCUGUGUCAUUCUCCGAAGCUGACGCCAAAGGUGUAGUCUUUCCUCACGAUGACCCGUUAGUGCUGAUAUUGUCGAUAAGCGGGUGUGACAUCAAGCGUGUGCGUAUAGAUGGAGGUAGCUCAGCGAAUAUCCUAUUCGCAAGGGCAUUUGAUGCAAUGAUGAUAGGUCGGAAAUACCUUACACCAGUGUCAUAUCCGGUUAUUGGCUUUAACGGUUCCACCGUUAGACCUGAUGGUAGCAUAGUUUUACAAACCCGAGUCGGAGAAGGAUCAGCGGCCCGGGAUUUGAUGACCGAAUUCUUAGUUAUCGAUGUGCCGUCAGCAUACAAUGCCAUCGUCGGCCGACCGUUAAUUCAUGACAUACAAGCCAUUGUCUCCACAUAUCACCUUACGAUGGUAUAUGUCUCUAAUGCCGGCAAGAUAUAA